AAAUCUUCCUCUCACAAUCCGUUCGGACGUGAUCACAGUCGGACACGGUUUGGCAGAGCGUUUGGCCGCGUGUUACUCUUACAUUUGUCCUCCCCCCCGGGUGUUGUGUGUUUUCUUUUAAAAGCUUUUUAACUUUACCGGCGUAGCUUUGCUUUUCGUUUAGUUCGAUUGUUAGCAACCGUUGUACAGUACCGGCACCAACUAUACGAUGGGCAUCGAAAAGGAGUUUAGUCUAGAGGAGGGAGCGGAACGGCUGAAGGACUGGAUUACAACACAGCCCCAUCUGCCCCAGAAUAUACAUCCAACAUUACUGCAGCGGUACAUUCACUCGACCCGUGGUGAUCUCGAGUAUGCGAAGAAAAUUUUCAUUCUCGGCUACACCCUCCGGCAGAACAAUCCGACGAUCUUCGACAACCGCGAUCCGCUCAACAGCAAUGUGAUGAAUAUUUUAAAAGCAAUUGACAUGGUGCCCCUACCGUCGGUGGAAGGCUGUGAGGACAAGUUUAUUUACUAUCGUUUGGUAGAUUGUGAUCCCGAUAAGUUUGAUUUUAACGAUGUCAUUAAGACGUUUUUCAUUAUUGCCGAUCUACGCAUGAUCCAACCGGAUGUCCCGAUGAACGACGGUGGAGACGUGCCGAUCUUCGACAUGAAUGGCUUCACGCUUCGCCACAUGACCAAGGUCGUACUGUCGACAUUGCGCGUCUACAUGCGCUACACUCAGGAAGCACACCCGGUACGUCUGAAGGCCAUCCAUGUGAUCAACUGUACGCCUUUUCUGGAUCGCGUCAUGUGCCUGGUGAAACCGUUCAUGAAGAAACGUGUGGCCGAAAUGCUACACUUCCAUCUCCCCAACUCGGAAACGAUUUAUGCGCACCUGCCCAAGGCCGCCCUACCCGACGAGUACGGUGGUGAGCAGUCAAUCAUUAAGCAUAAAGAGGAUUGGUUCAACAGAAUUAAAUUGCAACGCGAUUACAUUACCGAUGGUACGCGCUGGAAGAUCGAUGAGUCGCGACGAAGCAAUGGCAAUGAUCUCUCUGGCACGCUACGGAAACUGGAAAUUGAUUAAACCGCAGUGCCCUGCAUUGUUGCAUUUUAUUUACAAUGUGUUAUUUGUAUUGUAUAUGUACAUUAACUUAGUUUUAUACUAGAAACUUUUUACAAAGAAGGGUGAUAUACUAUAUGAGUGCAUUAAAACGGGGGAAAGUAAGGGCCUAUAAUUAAAUAAAUUGAGAUUUUUGUAAAAUU